CAGAAGCGUGCAACUACUCCGAGACAGCAGCUUGCAGGUACAACCCUGUGCAAAACCUUUCAAACUGAUGAUGAAACUGUGGAAGCCAAAAUUUGGGAGGAGGGACAGCAGGAGACCUUUAUUAGAGAAUAACAACAACAACAACAAACAUGAUGAUAUGGAACCGGCUAGUACCUGUUGUGCCAUUGUGGCUCAGAACAAUUCCAACAGGAACGAGGAACAACACCUGCAGAGUGAAGAACAGAUCAGCAGUCAGCAACUAGCUGAACAUCUGGGUGUGCCCCCUGAUGCCGACCGCACACGCCUCAUACAAAGCUCUGUGUCCCAGCAUUUCCCAAAGCCACCGGUAGACGUGGACCAGAACCUCUUGCGGCACCUGUUGGAUGUGCAGGACACUGUGCACCAAGAGCUUGUGAAGCUGGGUCCCCUGUUGAAACAAAUGGGGUUGAUGGAGUGUCUGAUUGAAAGCUACCAACGGAAGACAUUUGAACACCUCCAUGAUCUACUCAACCAAAGCAGCUCCUCCAAGAAUUGCUUUGAGCUGAUGCUGUGGCUCCGAGAUACAUAUCUGAGCCAGGAGCCAUGUGGUCACCCUGACCUGCAAGAAAUGGAUCCCAUGAAAAAAGUUGACAUGCUGGUGUUCACAGAGUUGGCGGUAAAAGCAAAGGACAAACUGCUGGGACAUGUGAUGGGAGUAUGUCCAGACCCAAGCUGA